CGUUGCGGGAGACGUACGGGCGUCUUGACGUAUUUGCGUGCCAGAUAUGGCGUCAUUCGCGCAUGCGCUGUAAGCUGACCUUCCGGGGACAGAGGCAGCCAUGCCUGGGACUGUAGAAUUACCUACAGCUGAGGACCUGACAGUCCGCGAGCUGAAUGUUAGCUCUGCUGUCCUGAAGGCUGCAGCUCAUCACUAUGGAUCCCAAUGUGACAAGCCCAAUAAAGAGUUCAUGUUAUGUCGUUGGGAAGAGAAGGAUCCCAGGAAAUGUCUGAAGGAGGGAAAACAAGUAAAUGAAUGUGCGCUGGAGUUCUUUAGGAAAAUUAAGACUCAUUGCGCUGAACCAUUCACUGAAUAUUGGACCUGUAUUGACUAUACUAACUUGCUAGAACUCCGCCGUUGUCGCAAACAACAACACGCAUUUGAUAACUGUGUCCUGGACAAGCUGGGGUGGGUGAGACCAGAUUUGGGAGAUCUGUCUAAGGUCACAAAGGUGAAAACAGACAGACCUCUCCCAGAAAACGUCUACCACUCAAGACCAAGACCUGAGCCAAACCCUGCCAUUGAAGCAGAGCUAAAACCUUCCAAACUUGGGAGCAGGCUUUUCUUCUGGACUUGGUAGAAGAAAGGGUGCAGUGUUUCACCCCCUGAUGAGUAUCUAUUCUGGUCUGCUUGCCUCCGACUAGAUUAUUAUAUUUGUGAAAAAUAAAUAAAAUAAAAA